CUCUUUGAUGCGGAGCUGAUCGGAAGGUUACAGUCUCCUUAUCAACUCCAUGCUUACCUCUGUUUGUUUUUAUUCUGAAGUUCGUUCCCUCAUUUUGCAAUAACCCACAGGGUGCUGGGUGUUGCGCCAGCCGUGCCUCAAUGAAGGAUCUUCAUUCAACAGCUUUCUCUUCCCGUCACACCAGUCAAUGCGACUCCUGCGUUUUCCAGCACCAUUCUCUGCGCAGUCCAGACUUUAGCCAAGCCUUCAUUGGUGGGCAGAAAGGCUACCAGGCCUACCGGGACCUACCAUGGGAUCUGCAAAAAAUUCAUCAGUCAGCCAUCAAAAUAAGACAUCUUGAGCCCUGGAAAAUCGCUGUAAUUGUUAUUGGAACAGCGUUGGCAGUAGCUAUCACCAUUGGUCUCCUAGUUUAUUUUCUGGCAUAUGAUCAGAAGCUGUUCUAUUACAGUGCCAAUGUAAAAAUCACCAACAUCCGGUACAAUAAUGAAUUUUCCAGACAGUCCUCAGGAAGGUUUAGAGACCUGAGCGAGAGGGUUGAGAGACUGAUCGACAAGACCUUUUACAAUUCCAUUUUAAGGAAAAAAUACAUCAGUUCACGCUUAAUCAGAGUGAGCCCAGAUACUGAUGGUGUGAUGGCAGAGGCUUUGCUCACAUUCUGGUUCUCCUCUACGGAUUCUAGAGAAGCAUUGCGGGAAAGAGUUGGAAAGAUCUUACGGAGGGGCCUGAAAAAAUACACAGGACCUCUGCGAAUAAAUGUCCGAUCUUCAACCAUCUCAAAUGUGGAGCCAGUAAGAGCAGAAGCCAUCUUCAAUGACAUCUGUGGUUUACGACAGAAUAGAUCAGUCAAGUCAAUGGCAAAAUCCUCAUCACUGCGAAUUGUUGGCGGAUUGUCCUCUGCAGAGACUGGGGACUGGCCGUGGCAGGCCAGUUUGCAGUACAAUAACAUCCAUCGCUGUGGUGCAACACUCAUCAGCAACACAUGGCUGGUGUCUGCAGCUCACUGCUUCAGAGACAUGACUCACCCUCAGAAGUGGACUGCUACUUUUGGAGCUCUUUUGAAGCCACCAAGCUUGAAGCGAUCAGUCAAGACAAUUAUUAUCCAUGAGAAGUACCUCUACCCAGAACAUGACUAUGACAUUGCACUUGUGCAGCUCUCCAAACGAGUUGAGUUCACGAGCAGCAUACAUCGUGUCUGUCUGCCAGAGCCAUCUCAGACUUUUCCCUACAAUAUUUAUGCUGUCAUCACAGGCUGGGGAGCUCUCACCAAUGAUGGUCCAGCCCCAAAUGCUCUUCAGGAGGCAACAGUGAAACUUAUUGACUCAGACACUUGCAACAGAGAAGAAGUGUAUGAUGGGGACAUAACACCCAGGAUGUUGUGUGCAGGAUACUUGGAAGGAGGAGUAGAUGCUUGUCAGGGAGACUCUGGGGGACCACUGGUUACACCAGACUCUAGACUGAUGUGGUACCUCGUGGGCAUAGUGAGCUGGGGAGAUGAAUGUGCCAAGCCAAAUAAACCUGGAGUUUAUACACGAGUGACUUAUUUCCGUGACUGGAUUACCACAAAAACAGGCAUCUAA